AUGGAGCUACCCAGCUGCUACGACACAAAUCUCUUAAAGAGCGAAAACGAUAAUUUGAAGCAGCAGAACAUAGAGCUGAGGAAGAUCCUUCAGUUAACGCAAGAAAAUGCAGAACUGAGGAACAUCUUGGAGAAAUCAAGCCACAAUCCUGAUGAGCUACAGCUCUGCGGCGUGAGAACCAAACACAGAGAGGAAGAUUCUAGAUACAAGAUGGAUAGUGCCAAACCCUCAAUGGAUAGUCAUAAACAGCACAAGGAAGAGACCGGACACACCGAGGACUCUAGAUCUCAACCAGAUGGUGCCAAACAUGCAGCUAUAGAAUGUGGAACACACUCUCCUCAAAAUUCUCACCAGCUCCAUCUCAUGCAACGUAUCAUAGGGGAGAUCGCCUUUCAGCUUGACCGUAGGAUUCUAACAAAUAUCUUUCCGCAUCAAGGGAGAUUGUAUGGGAUCACUGUGGCCAACAUCGCACAGAAGAUAACGGAGGCAUCUACAGACCAUGAGUCAGGAAAGGUUGUUGAGAGGAAGAAGGCUGAAAUGAUGCAGAGAUAUGAAGAUAUAAUGAACCUAAUGAAGCAGUAUGGUUAUGACGUAGCUGUCCAUCCAACCUUCUCAGAGAACCUAGUUAAUGUGUAUGGAAUCAUGAAGGAGUACCCACCUUCAAAUUCUCAUGAAAUGCGCAGCUUAUGUGACCCCGCCAACUUGAAGAAGAUUGCUUACAGUGCUGUGCCAUCCUCUGACCUGGAAAACGUCCUUAUUCUGCUCAAAUGUCUGUCUAAGUUAUCCAGACGUGAUGGCAAACCAGUAUUCCUACACUAA